UGAGAUGUGCCUGUCAUGCUUCCGUGGUCUAUCUGAAGCUGCUAUUUACACAUUGGAAGAACUUCCGGGUCAAACUGCUUAUCAAAACCACUGGCCAAUCAGAUCAUCCCUUCUAUAUCAGGGUGGAUGGCUUGUCGAUUGUACGCAAUUGACAAACGUUCAACUCACAGAAACAUCAGGGCACUGUAAAUGACAUAAGGGUCAAGGGGUGGAGUCUGUUGUCACUUUUAUGAAUAUUCAGAACCAAGAUGGCAGCUUACAGAUUCCAACGAAUGAUUGGAAUCUCCUAAAGAAAUUGAUCAUAACCAGUUUCAAGAUGAGCAGGAUGCCACAACCACAGUCCAUUCAAGGAUCUCGUCAGGUCCUGCCGCCCAUAUCGCCCAGCCCUGAUGUCUACAAGCAGUUCUUGAAGGAACUUGAAGAUCAGAUCAACGUAGAGGUAGCCAGGGUAGAGUGUGCAGAGGAAGGGCCUGAUCCUCAUCGAUAUGCCAUCUACAAAGGAGCCUUUGAUCAGAUUAUUGACAAUGUUUCUGCCUACAAGCCACUCCUGAGUGCAAUCAAAGCUGAGUAUGAAGAUUGCAUUGACACCAUAGAGAAAGGUCAAGAGGAAGCAUUUUACCUCUCUGGAAAGGUCAAAGCACUUGCCUCUGAGCAGACAACACUCAGUCUCUAUCAGAAGCGAGCCGAUGAGCUUGAACAAAAACUUGGUCUAGUGAAAGCUGAUAAUGAGAAGUUCAAAGCUGAACUUGAAAAGAUUGCAGAGAUUUACCAAGCGAGGGAAGAAGUGAAGAGAAAAGCAGAAGAAAAGAUAGAGGAAUCAAAGAAAAAAAUGCCCACAAUGCCAAAUAGGAUGCUAAAAGGAAUGGACUUGGAUGAGUGCACGGAUGUGGACAAAUUGGAGAGUGAGAUAAAGCGUCUCAAAGAUGUACUGUCAGCACUGAAGCAGACUAAGGUAACCAAGUACUCAACCAAAGAGAGGAAGAAUGAACUCAAGACUCAACUAGAGAAUAAGACCAAAGCAAGGGAUCAUGUACAGGAGCAGAAUCAACAGUUAAAGGAGAGGUGUCUGAAGGUGAGGAUUGCCCUGGAUGCAUUGGCUUCAUAUUACAAAGAGAAACGGUUUAUCUUUGGACCAGCUGAAGCAGUAUCUUUUGCUCUGACAAGAUCAGGAUCCAUGAUGAGUGUCAGAAGUCAGGAGACAGCAUCCACCUUUGAAGAUGAUGACCCCACCAAGGAAAGAGAGGCCGAGUUGUUGCUUGAAUACAUAGAACAGUUCAAUGAGAUGUUUGAAGAGGCUCGUUAUGUAGAGGCUGCUAUGCAUGCAGCAAACAGUCCCAAAGGGAUCCUACGAAACCCAGAAACAUUGCAAAGAUUUAAAGGUGUUCGAGUGAAGCGUGGUCAGAAGUCCCCUCUGUUGAUAUAUGCUGAAUCUCUGAUGUCAUCGGUGCCUGCCAUAGGUGUGCCUCCCAAUGCUGAUGCCACCCUGGAAUGUGUGAAGAGCGCCCUCAGUGAGGAUCGUCUUGAUAUUGUCACACACUGGAUUGCAAAUAACUGGCUGACCUACUCAGAGCCCUUGGGUCAUCUCCUUUAUAACUACGCCCAGGGUAGAGGUCAGCAGGUCAGAGGUCAGGAUGUGGUCAGUCAAUGCCUUCCUCUAGCCCAGGCAGUCUAUACCAAGGUGGGAGCUCACCUUCAAGCUGCUGUGUGUAUGUCCAAGCAAGGCAGGGUUCAUGCCAUGAUGGAGUAUGCACAGUCUGUCAACUUCAGCCGAGAUGCCUACUUGGGAGUGCUGGUAGCAUGUCCAUCUCUAUCCCUGGCCGAGGUCUUGGUCCAGCCCAGUGGUCACUCCACCAGACCAGCUCUGUCUGUAGGUUCAGUGGUCAGUACCUUACUGAAGACUCAGGACCAUCAUCAGAUAGGUGUAGAGCUGAUUGAUAAUAUCCAUCACAGUAUUAUCUCAGGUUCUAGUAAGUUGCGAUUGAAGGACCUUGUCUUCCAAGAUCCCGACACCAAAGUGAGCUCAUGGCAGAAGAUCAUCAGAGCUUGUAAUGACAGCGGAUCGUAUGAUGUGGGACUAGAGCUACUUGCCGCUGUGACAGUCUUGGAGGCUAUCAAGAAGGCAGCAGAAAGUGCCUGAAAAUGACUCUUAUCAUAGAGGUUGAUGGACAGAAAAUCUGCCUUUUUUUGACCAAAGAAAGCUAUGUUUAAUCCAGAUUUUUAGUUCUUGAUGGUUUCAUAUUUUAUAUUUUGGCUUCUACUUCCAAGCAAUGUCAGACAUAUUUAUCCAUCCUACUAAAGGCUAGUUCAGAUAUGAAUAGUGAGUCAUAUCACUGUACUUAUGCUACUAAGCAUGCAUUAUAUGUUUUGUGUAUCAAUAUAUUCUUCCCAGAGAAACUCAAUACAUCAUGGAUCUUAUCAAAUGAUUUCAUAGGUUAGUCCAUGCAACUAUGGCCAAUUAUUUCUGCCAUACCAAUGAAAUAAAUGAAUGAAAUGAUAAAUGAUGUUGGGCACCUUACGAUUUGCGACACAAUUUCUGUAAUGCAAAAUAUUUACAGACUGGUGUUUUCGGAGUGCCUGCAUCACAUUUGCAAAUGUGCUUGACACAACUUAGUCAUCAGUGUCACACAAAUCUGUUUGACUUUGGAGAAAGUCAACUUUAUAAAUGAAAUAUCUAACUUAACGGGGAAGUUCACCCUGAAGAAAAGUUUGUCCUAAAAAUAGCAUUAAAAAUAUUUUAAAAUAUUUGUGGUUUCAGGAAUUGUUUUUGAUUUAUGACAUCAUAAACGAGCAGCUGCCCCAUAUGUUAUGUAAUAUAAAAUGCAUAAAUUUCAAUUUUAAUGGUUCGUGAUGACUUCUUUUUUUUCUUUUUAGGAACAGGUAUGAAAUGAUUUGUCUCGUGAUAUACUGAAAGUACAGUAAAAACCAUUUUCAGUUUUCCGAGAAAUGACAUUUCAUUCAUUUUUUCACCAUGCGAUAUGUAGGAAUGUUGCUCGCAUAUGACGUCACAAAUGAAAUAAUUAAAAUUCAAAUAACCUUUUUUAUUCUUUGGUUUUCUCUCAAACCAUCAGCAAUAUUUUGUUUUUUUCUAUUUUUACAAUGAACUUUUUGUUAGGUUGAACUUACCCUUUAAUAACUAUUGCACAAUUUCUAUAACAAAUUUACUAUCAGCUUAUCAGAUUGAAGGAUUUCAGUAGCUUUAUCUCUUAUUGCAAUUUCUUAUUUUUAUUGUAACAAGUUUUCUGAAACAGGCCCCUGGUCUGAAAAAUUGUGUUAGCUGUGUUGGUGAUUAUUUGACUUACGGAAAUUUAACUUAUGCAAACUCAACUGUGUUCAAGGAGCAUUAAUACAACUAAUUCUCUGUGUAUCAUAGAUAACAGAAUUAAACUUCUUAGAUAUCUUUGAAAUGCUUCCUUUCAGUUUGUUGUUAGGAGGGAAAAAUGUUAGUCCUCCUUUGCGUGUGUGCUUCUUGAAAUUUUCUGCCUUAUUUCAGAAAGCCGUCCAGCUUUUCAUUUAAAAACCUUGUUAUUUCAACAUAUAUGCAGUUUUCUUUGUAUUCAAGUAUUCUACUGCUGUAAAAAAAUACUGUAAAUAAUUAAUAUAUUUUGUAGUAUUCAUAUACUUUAUUAAAUAUUUAUUACAUAUUGAAUCUGUAACAUACUAAUAUCAACUGUAUAUUAAAUAAUUUUUAUCUGU